AUGCUUAAUUGCAUUUAUCGCAUACCAUUUGAGAUUAAUCCAGAGCAAUUGAUUGAACUUGCGAAGCUUGCAAAUUAUUAUCGUUGUUUGCCAGCAGCGUCAAAUAACUUGUAUGCUUGUUUCUCCAUGAGCCCCAACUUUGACAUUCAUAAAGCACGCGAUCUCAUCGAGUCAGCGUACAAGCUCCGUCAGCCCCUAUUGUUCAGAGAUUGUGUUAUCUUCAUUGCUGGUACCAUGCAACGAAUGUCUCCUUUACUGUACCAGGACAAGAAUCUCAACACACAACAGGCUCUACAACAGGUACUGAUGGCUGUACGGAACAAAAUCUUCGAAAAUCAUCUAGAAGCCCAAGAAGCAAUGUAUACAAAGGCUGGUUCAAGUCGUGAGUUGUUCAAGACGAUGAAAGAGAUUAGCAUCAAAGUACUGGAACAAGAUUUCUUUUGCCAGCCAUAUUUCUAUAGGAAAUUGCUUGACCGGGAAGAGGAGUUUUUCGAAGACUUAAAUGAUGUGCUUUCCGGAAACUUGCAGCUGGAUAAUUCAGCCAUGGCAGGAGUCGGUUAUUUCGACUAUCAUUUUUUCUGCGCAGAUUUGAGCGACGAGGACCUGCCAUGGGAUACUACCGAAACCGAUUGGUAG